AUGCCGUCUGGCAAGCAGCUAGCUGACAUUGGCUACAAGGCCUUCUCGGCUUCCAUGAUGCUUCUCACUGUGUACGGGGGCUACCUCUGCAGCGUUCGGGCCUACCAUUACUUGCAGCUGCGUAGCGCCCGGCGCCAGGCCGCCCAAGAAGAGAAGAGCUCGGGAGUGCUGUAGGGCUGGGAGUAUUUCCUCCUGGGCAGGCUGCAGAAAGACUUGACCUGCUGAUUUCCACAUCAAGAGGACUAUGAGCUUGAUGGUUUCCAAACCCUGCUGGAAGAAAGUGCCCGGGGUUCUGCCAGUUCACCAGUAUGACGGUUUAUGGGGGCUAUUGAAGUAUCAUGGUAAUGUAAGGGUGAAUUACACCUAUAGACAUUAUAUACUUUGCCAUGUCUAUGUCUUGGUGCCUUUGUUUUCCCAAAUAAUACAUUAAACCUGAAAGUGGAGAAA